CAGCGCCCGUGCCGCCAGGGACCCGCGGCGGCGCCCGGCGCAGCGCGGUGGCCCCGGUGGCCCCGGCCCUAUGGGCGGGCGGGCCGGCAGUGGCGCAGAGAGGCUGCUCCCGCUGGCGCCCGCCCUCCCGGCGGCAGAACAGGGCCCGGCACCGGCGCGGCGGCGGCCGGCGAUGCGGUCGCCCAGCUGAAGGCGCGGCACGGUCCGCUGCUCGUCCGCGGGGCUUGCCCGUCGCCGGGCCAUGUCCGUCCGCGGCGGCAACGCCCUGACGCCUUUUUCCAUCCAAGCCAUCCUCAACAAGAAGGAGGAGCGCGCCCGCCACGCGGCGGGCGGCCCUCAGGAUCCGCCGCUCUCCGCGCCCGCCGCCCGCGCCCCGGCCCCGCGGACGCCAGCGGGCUGGGAUUCGGAUUCCGCGCUCAGCGAGGACCCCGAGGGCGAGCGGCGCUCCGAGGAGGAGGGCGCCGGUGGCAGCGCCCGCCUCGCAGAAGCCACGGGCGGGGGGCGGCCGGCGGAGGAGGAGGCGCAGCCCCCGGAGGCGGCGGAGCGGGACACCACCGGCCUCAGCGACAGCGAGAUGUCGGCCGCCGUCUCAGAUCGCAGCCCUCCGGAGGAAGAGGACGGAGCGGGCAAGUGCGGGAAUCUGCUGCCGGGGGAGGAGGAGGCGGCGGCGGCUCCGAAACCGCGGAAGAAGCGCUCUCGCGCAGCCUUUUCCCACGCGCAGGUCUUCGAGCUGGAGCGGCGCUUCAACCACCAGCGCUACUUGUCGGGGCCCGAGCGGGCCGACCUGGCCGCCUCGCUGAAGCUCACCGAGACGCAGGUGAAGAUCUGGUUUCAGAACCGGCGCUACAAAACCAAGCGGCGGCAGAUGGCCGCCGACCUCCUGGCCGCCGCCCCCGCCGCCAAGAAGGUGGCCGUCAAGGUGCUGGUGCGCGACGACCAGAGACAGUACCACCCUGGCGAGGUGCUGCGGCCGCCCUCGCUGCUCUCUCUCCAGCCAUCCUACUACUACCCCUACUACUGCCUGCCCGGGUGGGCUCUGUCCACCUGCGCCGCAGCUGCCGGCACCCAGUGAGAGGCACACAUACACAGCCCCCCGGCCCCGGCACCCCCGCCAUACACACUGGCAGCCAGGAAACCCAUCUUCCCUCUGCCACCCCCCCAUCCAUCAAUCCAUCCGUUCAGCUUCUCAAGUCCAGAGCCCCAGAUGCAGCUC